AUGACAUCCUUGAGGCCAAUGAACUUUGGUCUUGUGGCAAGGGAAGGAAUACUCAUUUAUAUAAUUCCUGAAUUCUCGUCGUCGUCGUCUUCUGGCGGCUUCAAGUUUUUGGCGUCUAUUGCUCUUGCAGCCUUAGAAGAAGACACUGCAUCUUCUUCUGCACGCCCACAAAGAUAUAUUUGGAGAGAUCGGCACUCGGCUCAUGAAAGAUUGAUGAACAUGUACUUUGUGGAUGAGCCGAUGUUUGAGGACGAUGUCUUUCGUACAAGAUAUCAUAUGUCGAGGAGGUUGUUUUUGAAAAUCGUGGAAGAUAUCACUGCAACAUUUCCAUGGUUUCGGUCUUCGGCGAAUGCGGCGGGUGUUAGAGGGUUCUCGGCGAUUCAAAAGUGCACGUGCGCACUACGGCAACUAGCGUACGACAACCUCGCCGACAACUAUCAUGAGGGGUUGUCGUUCUCCACUAGAACGGCUCGUGAGUGUCUAGACAAUUUUUGCAUUGCCAUAAAGUAUCUUUAUGGUGAAGAGUAUUUGCGUUCUCCGACUAGCCACGAUGUUGCGCAUUUAUAUGAGGCGCAUGAAGCCCGACAUUAUUUUCCUGGCAUGAUCGGUAGCAACGUGAUAUCACCAGUGUACAUCAGGGAUCCUCCUAACAACAUUCGUGCUACCGACCCUAAUUUUCUCCAUCACUUACGUAACGAAGAGACGCAUUACAUGUUACGUUGUGAUAUUACGAAGCACGUGGGAGAUCUAGAUAUCGAUAUUUAA